AUGCCCCAAGACGCAAACCCCCCCAAACCCGCCUUCUCCUCCCUCUACCUCCAGAAACUCACCCAGGAACUCGCCGAAGAUCUCGACAAGGUCCGCAACGCAGACGACUUCAAGGCCGACUCGGUGCCCUUCCUCGUCCACGCGCUGCAGCAGGGCGCCGCCCAGUUCUCCCCCGCCCAGCAGGACGCCGUGCUCAAGGCUGCAGAGGGCCGCCGGGGCUGA